UGGAGAAAUAUUUCACUAGAACUCAAAUGUGAGCUGUUGAAGUAUGCAUUGAAAACAAUGGGUGAGUCAUCUGAAUAGAGUGACACAUGUCACUUGAUAAUCCAAAACCAUGGUUAAAAACCAGGAGUCAUUCCCAUUGUUUUUCACACUCUCCCACUGUUUUGUGCAAACCGUGUGUGUUUCAUCUCAUCUAUCUUCCUCUAUAUAUACACUCAAAUUGGUGCUCUUAACACAACACAAACUCAAAUUGGUGCUCUUAACACAACACAAACAAACACAACACAAACAGCUUCUUCACAUAUAGAUCAUCUCUUUUUCUCAAAAUCACACCAAACCCAACUCAUAUUCAAGUUGAAGAUUAUAUCAAAGAUCAUAAAGAUGAGUGCAGCAAGCAAAGCAUGGAUUGUGGCCGCAAGUGUCGGACUAGUCGAGGCGCUUAAAGAUCAAGGAUUUGCAAGAUGGAAUUAUCCUAUUAGGUGCCUUCACCAACGUGCCAAGGCUAAUCUUCCAUCCUUCUCUCAUGCCAAAAUGUUGUCAUCUUCGACACAUGAGCCCGUCUUGGGGAGAUUGUUGAACAGCAGCCAGGACAAAGCAAAGCAGUCAGAGGAGUCGUUGAGGAAAUUUAUGUAUCUCAGCUGUUGGGCUCCCAACUAAUCCAAGAUUUAACUAGAAAGUGUAUAUAUCAGCUAUUGUAAUGUAGAAAUAACAGGAGAAAUAAAUUGAUGUUUCCCUGGAA